AUGUUGAUGCGGAGUAAGAGAUCCUCAGGAAAGAGGGGUGCUGUGUCAUGGAAGAUUGGAUGUGGCGAUAGUAUUACAGAAAGUGAAAAAAGUUACGGUUCUGUUAGCCACCUCAAGUCUGCAUCUCAAACUGGAGCAUUCGAGAAAGAACUGAACUCACCUGUAAUUGGAUGGCAUGUUACGUAUGGUCGAGUGAAGCGUCGCCGAGUGGUUCGAGUUCGUCGUCAAGCACUGGCACAAACGCCAGUGCCAACAUCUGCUUUCGUAACGCCAACGGCAGCUAUUUCCACUCGUGUCAUUGGUACUCCGUCCAUGACAAGAUCGCCCAGUCUCCUUAGCGUUACUCCUACUGCCAUAAGAAUUGUUCCCUCUACGACCCAAAUAUCGGGCCCACCAACCACGACUGUUGCUCCGACCGCACCACCUACAAACACCCCACCUUAUCUAGAUAAACCUAUAAAUGUUUAACUGCGCAGGUUAACGAGCCUUUCUCCUUCAAUAUUCCUCCCAACACUUUUUACGAUAAGGAGGACGGCCCUACGCCUAUCUUCAACUGGAUAUAUUCGACCCUCUUGGAAAUCCUCUGCCUACCGACAGCUGGGUAACGCUUGACCCGCAACUUCAAAAACUUCAUGGCAUCCCGAAAGAUAUUGGUGACACACAAAUUUCUUUAGUUGUGACUGACAGCGGAUUCUUGAAAUCUGAAUUACACGUGGUCACUAUAAGAGUGAAUGUUGCCCCGAGCGUACCAAUGUCCACUGUUUCUACACCACCUAAAAACACCCCACCUUAUAUAAACAAUCCUAUAAAUCUUUGACGCGCGGAUAGACGAGCCUUUCUCCUUUUUUAUUCCUCGCAACACUUUUCUCGAUAGAGAGGACGGUGAAACGCCUGAUCUUCAACUGGAAAUGUAUGACCCGCGUGGGGAUCCAAUAAACACUGGGUAACGCUUGACACGACACUUCAAAGACUUCAUGGCAUUCCGAAAAGUGUUAAUGACACAAGAAUAGCUUUAAUUGUCAGUGACAGCGAAACUUAAAAUCUAAGCUACUCGUGGUCACUAUAAGAGUAAUGACUCCCAAUAAACCGCCUUAUCUUUAUAACCAUAUUGACCUGAUCUCUCUCUACGUUGGUGAACCGAUCGCUUUUAAAGUGCCUCACGAUACAUUUCACGAUGCGGAAGAUGGCUCAACUGAAAUCUUACACUUGUAAUGAAAACUGCGGACCACGAGUCAUUGGAUGACUUUCCAUGGAUCGAGUUCGACGCCAAAACUCAUACUAUUUAUGCUCUUCCAGUUGAUGUUACGAUUGGCAAAUAUGAAUUUUUGAUGUUUGCAUUUGACAGCGAAGGGUUGAAAACGGUAGAUGCUUUCGAGUUUCAUAUCAACCCAACAUCCGUCGCGCCCAACCACCAAUUUGGUCUCGUUCUAGACGCUGAUUUCAAGAAUUUCGAUAAAAGUGCUGCAACUAGGGUUAAGCUGUUCUUGGAGAUUGGUAACUAUUUCGGGGACCAUUUCAACACCUCUUAUCGUGACAUUCGUGUAGAGAAAUAUGAGAAAGGUAGCAUUACUCGAGUGGAAUUUUGCAAAUAUUGCCACUAACGUUACGGGUGUGUUUGAUUACAAAAGUAGAUACAUUCUUGGUGGAGACCAGCCAGUUAACGAGUUCAAAAACCGUAUAGAAUCAUCGUGUCCGAUGUCCACAGGAUGUUCCGUUACGAAGUUUGGGUGAAAGUAUCUUUGCCGGAACCUACAACCGUCGAUCCGAAUGUCGUGGGCAGAACUGACGAUGAUGACGAUGGAACGUGGUGGGAAUACACGAUCAUUCCAGCAUUUGUUGUUGCCGGUUUGAUCCUCAUCAUCGGGUUGAUAAUUAUCAUUUGUAUACGUUGUCGGCGUAAAACAGACUCGAGAAGAACGAAAAUGUUGUAUUCGUUCAGAGGAAGAAACCUGCUGUGUUUAGAGAGGAAUAUCCGAUGAGGGAAGUGUAUGGUAAUCAACCCCUGAUCACACCUAACGAGAAAGCGCCUCUUCCCCCUCCUGCCUACCCUCGGAGUUCAACCCCAACUGAAGAUCCAAGUGAACGUCUGUUAAGUGACAGUUCGCCGUCAUAUCAACCGCCAUUCGACAGUGGACAUGAACCUGCAGGAAAUUCUCGCCCAUCGGUAGCUAGUUACCGUUUGCCUCCUCCUUAUGUGGCUCCAUAAACUUCCCAAACAUUUUCUGAUUCAAUAUUUGUAACAUGAACUGUCUAGCCCGUUAAGGGUAAAUUUUUAAAGAUCUAUAACAGUAAAGUUUGUUCGUUCAGUAGAGAUGUACAGUAUAUACGUCCCUUUCUUACAAAACGUAGGUGUAAUUGCUCCUUGAUUCGGAAAGAGGUUAUCUCCAAUCAUAGUGUGGGUAAACGCUACAAUAUUUCUAUUGAAUACGCCAAGUUGCCGCUACUUGGUUUUUUUACUCAGCUCAUGUACAUGCAGUAAUUAGUAAAAUUUCAAAAUCUAUCGGAAAUACCAAAUAAACUGACCAAUCAAUCAACCCACUACUUGAAACGUUGUCUUAGAGAGUUGGAAAAGUAUAAUAAUCGAUCGAAAAAUAUACGUACGAUUAAUUGUAAGAUCGACCACUUCUAUAACACAACGUGAUCGUGUUCAUUGUCAGGAAUCGAAAGUAAAGUUUUACUAAUAUUGCGGUUGAGAACAAUUAUGACUGGAGAUUGUCUUUUUAUUUCAAAAGAGAAAUAUUGAUAGCAUUUAAGAAAAGGAUUUACAAAUUCGACAUAUAUGAACCUCAUGGGCGUAUUUUCAGCGCUUGCUAGAACUGUUACUGUUAACACGUUCUGUUCUUCUCGUAGAACAUUAAACAAAGUUUGUGUAUCGUUCUUAACUCUUUUUAGGAGUAAAACUGUUGGAUGUAGAAAAAAAUAUAUACAAGUUUUAUUUGGA